CCAACCUCAGUACUAAUCACAUUUGCAGUUCAUUUCGUGUAAAAUGACUUUUGAACUAAUCAAGCUAAUCCCAUUGAUCACAAUACUAGGCACCGUUCUCGGUACCUACAUUAUCUACCCACCGCGGUAUGAGCUGAGCGAUACCCAGAAUGCCGAGCUGCAGGCGUGCUUACAGCCAACCCGGAAUGCGGGGGCCAAGGAGAGCAAAUACGACCCGAUCUGUGGCACGGACGGAUUCAGCUACUACAACAAAUACCAGAUGCGAUGCAUCGGCAAGUCCAUUCCGUCGGUGGCGUUCGCCUUCUACGGGCGCUGCCCGAACGAGCCAUUAUUUUUACCGCUGGAGUCGGCCCGUGGGAUGGAUCUGCUGGGCAACUCGACUGCGUUCGAGAGUUUCCAAAAGUGUCUGGAAACCUGUGGCGAGUUUACGCCGAUUUGCGGCUCGGACGGAAGAACCUACACCAGCGAGUGUGCGCUGCUUUGUGGGAAAACAUUUCGCCCGAAGCUCGAGGUAAGAGGGACGGGCUUCUGCGCGGAGGACAAGACCGUUCAAGACCACUGUCCGGAAAUUCUGCAACCGUUCUGCGGAUCGGAUGGGGUAACCUAUUUGAACUAUUGCCAACUGAAGUUCACAAUGGUGGAGCAGAAGGACUUGGUGCCGGCCCAUAUGGGUGAUUGCGUGCGGCGGUUGAUUGCGGUACAGGGAGCGAGUCAGCGGGAGAGAAAAUCCGGUGGAUGCGGAGGUGGUUGCGGUGGAUGUUGCGGCAAGUGAGAGAUAUUCGAAGAAUGAAGAAUAGCUGGUAGUCAUUGUGAAUUGAAUAAAAAUCUGCAUGUAACAAAG